AUGCACGAUGGGGAAGGGGAGGAAAUGAUCACUGAAAUAUCCGACAUCGAAAAUUCUCUUCCAAAAAUCUCACUGCAUGCCAUUACCGGAGCCACCCAUCCUCAGACCUUUCGGGUUAAAAGUAAAAUUCAAAACAUUGAGGUAACAACCUUGAUUGAUGGAGGGAGCACACACAACUUUAUGGAUCAGACACUAGUAAAACGUCUUGGUCUCUCCAUGGAUCAAGGGAACAAGCUUCCUGUAAUGGUAGCUAAUGGGGACCGAAUUGAGUGUGUUGGAAAAUGUAUGGGGCUCACAUUAACAGUACAAAAUUGCCCAGUGCAAUCUGAUUUUUAUGUACUUCCUGUAGCAGCUUGCCCGAUAAUUCUUGGGGUGCAAUGGUUGGAAACUCUCGGUCCAAUAGAAACGGACUAUCGUCAACUCACCAUGAAGUUUAAAUUGGAUGAUCGGCCCUACCAACUUCAAGGCAUCCAGCGAGCAUCAAUUUCUGCUUUGGAAGUCAGCGACCUUUGUGGAGUAGAGCAGGUCGCAUGUUUUUUGCUAACGACUGAGGUGGAUACCUUUUGUGAACAUGAAUCAUCCCUGGAGGAACUUGAGCGGCUGUUGGAAGAAUUUCAGAGGGUGUUCGACACUCCCAGUGGGCUGCCUCCACCACGAGCUCAUGACCACACCAUUCCUCUCUUACCAAAUCAGCCCCCGGUCAGCGUUCAACCUUACCGUUAUCCAUAUUAUCAGAAAUCAGAAAUUGAAGCAAUAGUGAAGGAGUUUUUGGAUGCAGGAAUAAUCCGUCCUAGCAACAAUCCCUUUUCUUCACCGGUUUUAUUGGUCAAGAAAUCAGAUGGUAGCUGGCGAUUUUGUGUGGACUUUUGGGCGCUUAAUAAAAUUACCAUCAAAGACAAAUAUCCAAUUCCUGUCAUUAAUGAACUUCUAGAUGAAUUACAUGGGUCGAAAUUUUUUACGAAGCUGGAUCUACGAUCAGGGUAUCAUCAAAUCCGGAUAAAGGAGGCAGAUAUCGGCAAAACAGCGUUUCGUACACAUGAGGGUCACUACGAGUUUGUAAUCAUGCCCUUCGGGCUCACAAAUGCUCCUGCAACGUUCCAAGUCUACAGUCAAUCUUGGAAUGACCAUGUAAUUCAUCUACGCACUGUAUUGGAUAUUUUACCUACUAAUCGGUUCUUUGCAAAGAAAUCAAAAUGCCAUUUUGGAGUUCAGCAGGUGGAUUACUUGGGCCACAUUAUCAAUAGCGACGGUGUUAGUCUCGACCCAGCAAAAAUUGAGGCAGUCAUCAGUUGGCCAAGGCCGACAACGACAAAAGGGGUCCGUGAUUUCUUGGGGCUUGCCGGUUAUUAUCGAAAGUUCAUCAGUGGUUUUGGAGGCAUCGCCGCUCCUCUUAAUAAGCUACUAUCUAAAACUGGGUUUCAUUGGGAUUCCAAAGCCGAGGAAGCCUUCACACGUCUGAAGACAAUGCUCACCACUCCACCAGUUUUACGCCUUCCUGAUUUUAUUCAGCCAUUCAUUGUCGAAAGUGAUGCUUGCAGUGAAGGAAUCGGCGUUAUUCUGCUUCAAAAGGACAAACUAGUCGCUUAUUACAGUGCGGCUUUAAAAGGGGCACCGCUUUCAUGGUCCACGUAUGAAAAAGAGAUGCUAGCAAUUGUAAAAGCCAUACAAAAAUGGAGGCCUUAUCUGCUGGGGAAACCUUUCUUAGUUGAAAGGAUCACCGAAGCCUGA